GAGGGACAGGGGGCGGAGCUGGAGGGGGUGGUUCGGCGUGGGGGCCGUUGGCUCCAGACAAAUAAACAUGGAGUCCAUCUUCCACGAGAAACAAGAAGGCUCACUUUGUGCUCAACAUUGCCUGAAUAAUUUAUUGCAAGGAGAAUAUUUUAGCCCUGUGGAAUUAUCCUCAAUUGCACAUCAGCUGGAUGAGGAGGAGAGGAUGAGAAUGGCAGAAGGAGGAGUUACUAGUGAAGAUUAUCGCACGUUUUUACAGCAGCCUUCUGGAAAUAUGGAUGACAGUGGUUUUUUCUCUAUUCAGGUUAUAAGCAAUGCCUUGAAAGUUUGGGGUUUAGAACUAAUCCUGUUCAACAGUCCAGAGUAUCAGAGGCUCAGGAUCGAUCCUAUAAAUGAAAGAUCAUUUAUAUGCAAUUAUAAGGAACACUGGUUUACAGUUAGAAAAUUAGGAAAACAGUGGUUUAACUUGAAUUCUCUCUUGACGGGUCCAGAAUUAAUAUCAGAUACAUAUCUUGCACUUUUCUUGGCUCAAUUACAACAGGAAGGUUAUUCUAUAUUUGUUGUUAAGGGUGACCUGCCAGAUUGCGAAGCUGACCAACUCCUGCAGAUGAUCAGGGUCCAACAGAUGCACCGACCAAAACUUAUUGGUGAAGAAUUAGCACAACUGAAAGAGCAAAGAGUCCAUAAAACAGACCUGGAACGAGUGUUAGAAGCAAAUGAUGGCUCAGGAAUGUUAGACGAAGAUGAGGAGGAUUUGCAGAGGGCUCUGGCACUAAGUCGCCAAGAAAUUGACAUGGAAGAUGAGGAAGCAGAUCUCCGCAGAGCUAUUCAGCUAAGUAUGCAAGGUAGUUCCAGAAAUAUAUCUCAAGAUAUUCCACAGACAUCAGGUACAAAUCUUACUUCAGAAGAGCUUCGGAAGAGACGAGAAGCCUACUUUGAAAAACAGCAGCAAAAGCAGCAACAGCAGCAGCAGCAGCAGCAGCAGAAGCAGCAGCAGAAGCAGCAGCAGCAGCAGCAGGGGGACCUAUCAGGACAGAGUUCACAUCCAUGUGAAAGGCCAACCACCAGUUCAGGAGCACUUGGGAGUGAUCUAGGUGAUGCUAUGGGUGAAGACGACAUGCUUCAGGCAGCUGUGACCAUGUCUUUAGAAACUGUCAGAAAUGAUUUGAAAACAGAAGGAAAAAAAUAAUACCUUUAAAAAAUAAUGGAGAUAUUCAUACUUUCCAACAUUAUUCUGUGUAAUUACAGCAUAGGGUCCACUUUGGUAAUGUGUCAAAGAGAUGAGGAAAUAAGACUUUUAGUGGUUUGCAAACAAAAUGAUGGGAAAGUGGAGCAAUGCGUCAGUUGUAGGACUAAAUAAUGAUCUUCCAAAUAUUAGCCAAAGAGGCAUUCAGCAAUUAAAGACAUAUAAAAUAGUUUUCUAAAUGUUUCUUUUUCUUUUUUGAGUGUGCAAUAUCUAACAUGUCUAAAAUUAGGGCAUUUUUCUUGGAUCUUUUUGCAGACCAGCUAAUUAGCUCUUGCCUCAGGCUUUUUCCAUAUAGUUUUCUUUUUCUCUCUUGUAGAUAAUUUGGCUCACAUCAUCUAAUAGUGACUUUCAUUUCUUAUUAACCAAAUUAACCUUUCAGGAAAGUAUCUCUAGUCCGUGUUGAUAAUAGUAAUGGUUCUAGAAGGAUAAACGGUCCUCCCUUCAACUGUAUACUGUGUGCUCCAGUGUUUUCUUGUGUUAUUUUCUCUGAUCACAACUUUUCUGUGACCUCGUUUUCAUUAUUUUCCCACAAUUCUUUUGAAAGGUGGUAAUCUUUUCUGAGGUCUAGCGUUUUAAGUCCUGUGAUGGGAUCAUUAUUUCAUGACUGGUGCAUUCCUAAACUCUGAAAUCAGCCCUGCACAAGUACUUGAGAAUAAAUGAGCGUUUUUUAAAAUGUGUGAGCAUGUGCUUUCCCAGAUGCUUUAUGAAUAUCUUUUCACUUACAUCAAAACCUUACAGCUUUGUUGCAACCCCUUCUUCCUGCGCCUUAUUUUUUUCUUCUCCAAUUGAGGAAACUAGGAGAAGCAUAGUAUGCAGGCAAGCCUCCUUCUGUUAGAAGACUAAACAUACGUACCCACCAUGAAUGUAUAAUACAUGAAAUUUGGCCUUCAAUUUUAAUAGCAGUUUUAUUUUAUUUUUUUCUCCUAUGACUGAAGCUUUCUGUUCUCUUUACAGUUGAGUCAUGGAAUAUAGGUGUCUACUUCACAUCUUUUAGUAGGUAUAGCUUGUCAAAGAUGGUGAUCUGGAACAUGAAAAUAAUUAAUGAAAAUGUUUAAAUUUAUACUGUGAUUUGGCACUUGCAUCAUGUUUAGAUAGCUUAAGAACUGUAGAAGUCACAGUACUUAGUGGGUCUGUAAAUAAGAAAGUCCACAGUUUUGAUAAAUAUUCUCUUUAACUGAGAUGUACAGAGAGUUUCUUGCUGGGUCAAUAGGAUAGUACCAUUUUGGUGAAAACCAUGUCUCUCUGAAUUUGAUGUUUUAGUUUCUGUGUUCCCCAUCCCUCAUUCUCCAGCCCCUUUUGAAGCUCUUUUGAAUGUUGAAUUGUUCAUAAGCUAAAAUUCAAGAAAUUUCAGCUGACAACUUAGAAAAUUAAAGUAUGGUAUAUUGCCCUACUGGUGUGUGGCUGCACACAUUUCAUCAGGGAAAGUUUUUUGAUCUAGGAUUUAUUGCUAACUGAAAAGAGAAGAAAAAAUAUCUUUUAUUUACGAUUAUGAAAUAGCUUUUUCUUGGAUAUAACAGAUUUUUUAAGUCAUUAUUUUGUGCCAAAGUUUUCUGAAGUUUCCCUUACACAAAAGGAUAGUUUUAUUUUAAAAUCUAAAGUUUUCUUUUAAUAAUUAAAAAUGUUUCAGAAGAAUUAUAAAACUUUAAAACUACAAGAGAUGUUGGAGUUUAGUACUACUCCCUCAAGAUUUAAAAAGCUAAAUAUUUUAAGACUGAACAUUUAUGUUAAUUAUUACAGGUGUGUUAGUCAUAUUUUCCAUGGAUAUUUGUUCAUUACCUUUUUCCAUUGAAAAGUUACGUUAAACUUUUCAUACACUUGAAUUGAUGAGCUACCUAAUAUAAAAAUGAGAAAACCAAUAUGCAUUUUAAAAUUUUAACUUUAGCGUUUAUAAAGUUCAUAUAUACCCUAAUUAAAGCACUUAAGAAAAUAUGGCAUGUUUGACUUUCAUUUGCUAGUGAGGUUUUUUUGGUUGUUUUUGUUUUUGCUUUUUUUGAGACGGAGUCUCGCUCUGUUGCCCAGGCUGGAGUGCAGUGGCGUGAUCUCGGCUCAUUACAACUUCCACCUCCUGGGUUCAAGCGAUUCUUCUGCCUCAGCCUCCAGAGUAGCUGGGAUUACAGGUGCCCGCCACCACACCCAGCUGAUUUUUGUAUUUUUGGUAGAGACAUGGUUUAUCAUGUUUGGCCAGGCUGGUCUCGAAUUCUGGACCUCAGGUGGUCCGUCUACCUUGGCCUCCCAAAAUGUUGGGAUUACAGGCAUGAGCCACCGCGCCUGGCCAGCUGGAGAGUUUUUAAAGCAGAGGUGAGCACACACUGGAUGCGUUUGAAUGUGUUUGUGUAGUUUGUUGUGAAAUUGUUACAUUUAGCAGGCAGAUCCAGAAUCACUAGUGAACUGCCAUCUUGGUGGGGUUGGCUUAAAUGUAAUUCAAUGUUUAGAUUCUAUUUCUUAAUUGAUUGGCCAGUAUGAAAAUAUGCCAGUGCAAGUAACCAUAGUAUCACAAAAGUUAAAAGUUAUGCAAAGCUAUAGUUUAUACAUCAGGUACUGCCAUUUACUGUAAACCACCUGCAAGAAAGUCAGGAACAACUAAAUUCACAAGAACUGUCCUGCUAAGAACUGUAUUAAAGAUUUCCAUUCUGUUUUACUAAUUGGGAACAUCUUAAUGUUUAAUAUUUAAACUAUUGGUAUCAUUUUUCUAAUGUAUAAUUUGUAUUACUGGGAUCAAGUAUGUACAGUGGUGAUGCUAGUAGAAGUUUAAAUAAGCCUUGGAAAUACCACUUUCAUAUUUUCAGAUGUCAUGGAUUUAAUGAGUAAUUUAUGUUUUUAAAAUUCAGAAUAGUUAAUCUCUGAUCUAAAACCAUCAAUAUAUGUUUUUUACAGUAAUCAACAUAUAAAUAUUUCAGUAAUAUAAA